GAAAGAACCUUUGGAGGCGUUGCUAAGGCUUACUGCUCGUUUGACUAACCAAGCACGAAAAAAUUUUGCAUCAAUCAACUAACAAUGAAUAUACAUAAUUUAUUUUUGGAAAAGUGGUUGAUAUCAAACGAAUGCAAUCAAACAAAAAGACAGGACAAUAGAGGUAGAAGUCCAGAAGUUUCGGGUAGAUCUUCAGUAACCUAGCAGCCUGUUGGUUCUCUCUUUGUUCUGCUCUGAAAAUUUUAAAGUCUUGCUGUUUCAAUUUACACAAGUGCUAUUGAUCAGUGUAGCAGAAAAACAAAAGAGAUUCUUUACGAUUCCUCUGGGAAAACUAUGAACAUGUUUAGAAUCUAGCUGAUCACAAUGCAUGGUUAAUUUGGUUGAACUUGGCAAGGCUAUGUUGAUAUAUAUCGGACUGACUGACUGAUCACAUCACAACCAGAAGAGCGCGGUAUUUCUCAGGAGGUUAUAACCCCUCGUGUUUUUGCUGUGAAUAAGCGGCAUGGAUUACCCUAACAGUUGCCAAACUUCGGAACAAUUUACACAGCAGAUGGAAGGCACGCAAGACGACCACAAGGAAGGACUUCAAAAUCGACACGAAGACAAAAUUAUAGCAUUCCGCUCAAGAGUCAAUCAAACUAUGAAUAACAAUGAUUUUCUGCACCUUACACGGGGCGACGAGGACGAUUUUCUGUUGCUCUUCCUACGAGCGCGCAGAUAUAACGUGGAAGAAUCAUUCAAACUUCUAUGUAACUACAUCGAAUUCCGCACCAGAAAUGCCUCCGUUUGUCAAAACCUCUCAGCUUGGCAGCUUCAUCAUGUUAUAGAAGACGGUUUCCCGUGUGUUCUACCCUACGGCAAUCAGAAUGGUGCAAAGAUGCUUGUUAUUUUCGCUGGCAGCUGGGAUACCGACACUUAUGGCACUGAAGAAAUUUUGAAGGCUUUUAUUUUGAGCAUGGAACGCUUGAUUGAAAACGACGAUACUCAACUCAAUGGAAUUGUGAUUAUUGCUGAUUUUUCGGGCUGGACUGCUACUCAAGCAUCCCGUUUGUCCUUGUCUUUUAUUCGUCAAGUCUUCGCUAUGUUUCAGGAUCAUUACCCGGCACGAUUUGUCGGAUUCCAUUUCGUGAACGAACCGUGGUAUGUGAAAGCUGGUUUAACUUUACUGAAACCUUUCAUCCAAGAGAAGAUGUGGAAAAGGAUACAUGUGCAUGGUAACAACAUGACGACACUUCACGACCAUUGUCCUCAAGAUAUUCUCCCUGCGGAGUUUGGUGGAAAUAAACCAGCGGUGAACCGUGAAUACUGGGCGCGAGUAUUGCUGGAUUCCGAGAAAACGAAUGGGGGUCACGUGUACGGAGAGAACCCAUUUAAAUGGUCACUCAAUCAAGAGAUAGACGAGGAAGAAAUUCCGCACGUGAUAUCUGCGUGAUUAGUCGGAGAAAACCCACAUAAUGGCCACUCAAGCUGGACGUGAACCAAGCAAGAAAUGUCAGAAAUCCUGCACGUUAUAACAACGUGACCACAAAUUAAGCUAGCGCGUAGGUAAUUAGUGACGAAUGCAGAGGAAAUAGCGAUUCAUAUACAGCAUGCAAGGGGAGGGUCAGAACAGUUUUUACGUUAUUUUUGGAAGGGUCACUAACAAGGCGCGAAAUACUAUAUCGUAUGCAGUCUACGUCAAUUGACGAAAAAUAUAUCUAUGAAAACUUUGUUAAAAUAGCUUUGAUUGGCUUUAAAUCUUCUAUCGGGUAUCUUCAAAAAGACAUAUUGUACGGUAACUAAUCAACAAAUCCGACGGAUAUUUUGCGCAAUGUUUACAACACUUCUUAUUCAUGAAAACAUUUUCUAGUUCCAUGGGAUUGUGGGGGCAAUUUAUAAUGCGACAACCUCUAAGAUCGCUUUUUAUAUUAUUUAUAAUCGAAGAGCAGCCUAGUGAGUUUUUAAAAAUAUUCAAAUCUAAGAGUUGUAGAGUUAAAACAAAAUGUAAAACAGUUAAACUGUCUUUGCCACUGUUGUGUUGUAGGAAUGUAAUUUGGAGACUUUUUUCAGUUGUUAUGGGAAAUUUUACCGUUUUUAGCGUUUAAGGUUUCAGCAUUUUAUGUUUUAUUAACAGGGCGGCGCAAUCUUUUCAGUUCCAAUUCUUACCGUGUAUAAAUUAAAUAAAGGCUAUUUUAGCGUAUCACCAAAGGUAUGAAAGGAGCUAGAAAUCUUCCCUCUGCUAUCCAUUCCUCUUGCGGCUUUGCAAUUUAACUGCUAGCUAAGAAGGGUGUUUAGCUUUGAGAGUUUUCUUUGUUAUACAUUUUUAAUUUGUGAAUAAUUUUUUUUACAAUAAACUAGCUAGCGCAAUUGCAAUUAUAUCACAAGAAUUGGGAAGUGCUGUGAACGAGUGAAAUGUUAUUUUUCUUGGAUUGGUUCUCAACACUAUCAGCACACUAUUUGCAGAAUAUUUUGAUCAACAUUUUAUUGGUUAAUAUUGUAACGCACUUGAUUACUUCUCACUAUUUGGAUCAUUUGUUAAAGAAUUGCGAAGUUGAUUGCCAUGUAUAUAUAAUAUCGUUGAAUAGCAGCUAUAUGAGAAUAAAGUUAUCUUCUUCAGUAAA